ACAAUGUAUACUCUCUCUCUCUCUCUCUCUCUCUCUCUCUCUCUCUUCCUAAAGCAACAAAAUCUUAAUAAUAAUUCCUACACUGUGUUAUUAGCGGUGUUGUGUUUCUUUCGUAUAUAUAUACAAUACAGCUGCGCUGCUGCUGCUGCUAAGUCAAAAUCAUUCUUCAUUCAAUAUUAUAUAAGUAAGUAAGUAAGUAACUAUUCCAAGGAAGGAAGGAAGGAAGGAAAGACGAGAAAAGUGAGAUUCAGAUUUAGUCAUGAGCGGAGGAGGGAACAGAUUCAGCGCUAUUGAGACGGAGUACAUAAGGAAGCAUCAUAAACAUCAACUGGACGAGGAUAAUCAAUGCACUUCUGUUCUAGUUAAGCACAUCAAGGCGCCCAUCCAUCUAGUUUGGUCAUUGGUAAGAAGAUUUGAUCAACCGGAGAUGUAUAAGCCGUUUAUAAGCAGGUGUAGUGUAGUCAAAGGAAAUCUAGAAAUUGGGAGUGUUCGGGAAAUCAAUGUGAAAUCAGGUCUUCCUGCUACAACCAGCACUGAAAGGUUGGAAUUCCUCGACGACAACGAGCAUAUCCUUAGUAUCAAGAUUGUUGGCGGCGAUCAUAGACUCAGGAACUAUUCUUCUAUUAUUUCUGUACACCCAGAAAUAAUAGAAGGAAGAAAUGGGACGCUGGUGAUUGAAUCGUUUAUAGUGGAUGCACCCGAGGGUAACACAAAGGAAGAGACCUGUUUCUUUGUGGAAGCCUUGAUCAAGUGCAAUCUCAAGUCCUUGGCUGCUGUCUCCGAAAGCAUGAUGGCUGAUCAACAUCAAACACCCCCACCACCCCCUUUAAUUAAUUAAUUAGAUACACCACCACCACCGCCUCUUCUUAUUACUACAAACACCAACAAGGGAUUGCCACUCAAACCCUAAUCCUUCCUUUCUCUUUCGUUUUCACUCUGCUUUCCUUCCUUCCUUCCUUUGCUUGUCUCCUUGGUUUAACAACAUAUUAAUAUUAUGUAGUAGGAUUUUGCUCAAAUAUAAAAAAAAAUCACAUCUUCCAUGGAGUCUUGUUUGGUAAAUUAUUAUUAUUAUUAUUAUGAUAGUAGAGACUUGAGAGAGUGGUGGUGGGUCUCUUCAACUUUUAGUUCCAAGCAUUGUCGCAUUCCAAUUCAAUAUCUGAUUUGCCCAUUCAAUACCAUAUUUGAGCAUAUCUACAAAUAUA